AUGUUGUCUACGGCUUCACUUGCUCUUUUCCUGGGCGCGGCGUCUGCGCUCACUGCUUCUUCUGGCUGCGGCAUUCCUUUGGCUUACAAUACCAUGCAAGGCGGCACCGGAUCGAGCAACACCGUCUCUCUCACAUCCAAUGGCAUCAGUCGUACUUUCCUCCUCCAUAUCCCCACCAACUACGACGCCAACUCCCCUCGCGGUCUGAUAUUCUCCUAUGCCGGACGCGGCGCGACUGCUGCUCAACAGGAACAACUCUCCAGCUUCUCGGAUCCUUACUUCAAUGAAGAUCUCCUCGCCGUCUACCCGCAGGGGGUAGACAAUCAAUUCCAAGGAGACCCCGCCGCCACGACGAAUGAUGUACAAUUCACGCUGGAUAUUCUGGAUUACGUGAGUGGGAGCUACUGCAUUGAUACGGAUCGCGUGUUCUCCAGUGGGAAGAGUAACGGGGGAGGGUUCUCUCUGAACAUCUUGGCUUGCGACGAGCAGGCGAGUGCGAGGUUUGCGGCCUUUUCGGGGUGCAGUGGGGCGUAUUGUAAGUCUUUGCCCCCUUUUUUUUUCUCUCCGUAUCGAAAAGCUACCCAAACAUACCUAGCGCUGUACGCUGACAUGUGGUGACAGACCAAGCCAACGCCGCCGACGGCUCAUGCUCCCCGUCCACCGUCAGCAUCACUUGCAGUCCCAGUCGCCCCGUUCCCAUUCUGGAAUUCCACGGUAGCGCGGAUCCCGUGAUCCCGUACACCGGCGGCGAGCGGCGGGGCGAGUGUCUCCCGGCCGUCGACCAUUUCAUCCAGAACUGGGCGUACCUGGACGGCCUGCAGGCGAGCAACGUGACGCAGCUGUACGAUGGCAAUGUGGUGGAGACGCAGUACGCGUACUCGGAUGAGAGUGCGCUGGGACUGGUGACGAAUUUCUGGGUCAAUGGACUCACGCAUUCUUGGGCUGCUACGGUUCCGAAUGGGGAUUCGGAGACGCCGACGUGAGUUUUUUUUUGCUCUUUCUUUUCUUCUUUUCCCAAAUGUCGCUUCUGGCUUGGGGUUGUUGUGAGUGAGCGCUGUGCUGACUGACCGGCCCGUGUGAUGUCCAGGUAUUUCAACGCCACGUCGAUUAUCAUGGAUUGGUUUGCGCAGCAUCCUCUGAAGUGA